UCCCUAACGGUAAAAGGGGCGAACUAGACCAGGCGUGCUGAAGCAGGGAGAUCUGUGUGGGUCUGCUUAAUUCUAUGGUCGUAGUCGUAGCAAAGGCGUUGGUACGACAUCGUAGGUUACACAGUUUACAUUCGUGCUUUCGUACCAUGCACAGUACGAUUGGCGACGAACCUCGAGCUAUACUUAAGCAACAGCGCAUCUUGUAGGUGAAAUUGGGGCUGUUUGUCUGGUGCAGGCACACGAGUGUUCUUGUGGAGCUGUUAUUUUGACAUGGGAAAGAAGAAGUGGAGCGAGACGGGUAAUCCGAACAGUGAUAUUUGCGAGUUCCUGAACGAACUAGCGGACUACGAAAAGAACGUCACGCGUAACGUUUACAAGAGCAACGCCUACCGCAAAGCAGCCGUGACGCUUGAGAAGCUCGACAAAAGAGUGGAAAGUGCACAAGAAGCAAAGGCCCUUCCCGGUAUCGGUGCGAAAAUUUCGCAAAAGAUAGAGGAGUUCCUACGAACGGGAAAAGUUGCGAAACUAGAGAAAGUUCGUAGCGAUGAAAGUACAAAUGCUAUCCAAGAGUUAACGCGGGUAUCGGGAAUAGGACCAGCGCACGCAAAGUCCCUUCAUGACCGUGGCAUUCACAGCAUUGAGGACCUGCGUCGGAACCAGGACUGUCUGACGGAACACCAGAAGAUAGGGCUGCGUUACUUGGAAGACAUCGAGAAGCGCAUACCUCGAGAAGAAGUUAGUCUUUUGGAGGCCAGGGUUGUUGACGCACUGCACCAGUUUGAUGAAGACUACGAGGCAGUAGCGUGCGGCAGCUAUCGAAGAGGCCUGCCUACGAGCGGCGACAUCGACUUGUUGGUGUGCCACAAAAGCUAUCGAUCUACAGACAGGAGGCCAUCCAAACUGCUGGCACGUCUCGUGGAAUACCUUCGUCAAGUGGGCUUUAUCACUGACAUAAUGUCUUUGGGAGAAACAAAGUUUGCGGGUGUGUGCCAGCUCGAUUCUUCGCGGCCUCACCGACGCAUAGACAUCCGCAUACUUCCUCAAGAUCAGUUCUUCUGCGGUUUGCUGUACUUCACAGGCAGUGACUUGUUUAACCAGAGCAUGCGUGCGCACGCCGUUCAGCAGAAUAUGAAGCUCAGUGAAUACGCGUUACGUCCAAUUGGUUGCACAGGCGUCCCAGGGGAGCCUCUGCCUAUAACUAGUGAACGUGAUGUGUUUGACUGGUUGGGCUUGCCCUUCUGGGAGCCACACAAGCGCAAUGGGCCUCUUGGGCAGUGA